CCCUAAAACAAACCCCCCCCCAAAAAUAAAAAAUCCUUGACAUCAUGUCUUUUCAGAACGUCGUCGAAAACUCGACCACCACCAAUUUAAAUGGAGUGAAUGGGAAGACGACCAAUGGGUCAUCAGCUCACAAGUAUGAUCCCGACUUCACAAAGAGCCUCAUUGAGGCCAUGGGCCCAAAGACGCCUGACCGCGCACGAUUUGUCCUGGGAAACCUGAUCCAACAUCUCCACGACUUUAUCCGCGAGACUGAAUUGACGCCCGAGGAAUGGAUGAGAGGUGUUCAAUUCGUCAACGCCAUCGGCCAGAUUAGUGACUCGAAGAGAAACGAAGGUCAACGAAUUUGCGAUGUUUUGGGUAUUGAAUCCCUGGUGGACGAAGUCGCCAACAAAAUCAUGCUGGACAGCGACGAGACCCCUACAUCUUCCACGAUCCUAGGCCCCUUCUGGAGCCCUCACGCCCCUUUCCGUGAGCUCGGCGACAGCAUCGUCCAAGACCCUUACCCGACCGGCCGGGUCACGCUCAUGCACGGCGUGGUCAGCGACUACAAGACCGGCAAACCCAUCCCCAACGCCGUCGUCGACAUCUGGCAGGCCUCGGCCAACGGCAAGUACGACUUCCAGGACGACGACCAGUCGGUCAACAACCUGCGAGGCAAGUUCCGCACCAACGACAAGGGCGAGUACUACUACUACUGCUACCACCCGACCGCCUACUCCCUCCCCACCGACGGCCCCGCCGGCGUCCUCUUGAACCUGAUGGACCGCCACCCGAUGAGACCCGCCCACAUCCAUCUCAUGAUCAGCGCCGAGGGCUACAAGUCCCUGACCACCCAACUCUACCCCCGCGACGACCCCUACGUGACCAGCGACUCUGUCUGUGCGGUCAAGGAUGACCUGUUGCUCGACUUCAAGCCGUCAAAGGACCCCAAGGCCCAGCUGGAUCUGGAAUACAACGUCACUUUGGCUCCUUUGAAGCCUGGCCAGAAGGCCGGUUGGGUUCACACUGUUUUCUGAGCAUGUUCAAGAGGGAAACCCUUCACUUUCAACAUCACAACAGCGUUUUUCGGGGUUCCAAAGUAAAUUCUUUUGCUUGGGGGGCGUUUUCGCAUCAUGCAUAUUUUUACCAUCAUGCACAGUUUUCAACCGUCUCCAAGGCUAUGAUGGACGAAAGUCAUCUUGAUACAUAGCACAUAUUGAAGCAAGAAAAAAAAACAUC